AUGGCGUCCGCCGCCAGCAAGCGCGCCCGCACCGGCGAGGACGCCGAGGAGGGCGAGGAGCCCGUGCCGGUCGCGGGUGGCUUCGAGGCGCCCAUCUUUGGGCAGCGCGCUCCCGGCCAGGUCACCACGCUGGCGCUCGAGGGCGAGGACGGCCCUCUAUCGCUCAGUCGCGUUGGCGUCGCGAGCGACCACGCGGGCGCCUGGUACGUCGCGACCAAGGACUCGCUGCUGCACGUCCCGGCGGCCAGCCCAGACGGGAGCGCGCUGUUUGUGGCGGACCUCGGCAACCACAAGUCCGGCGAAUUGAGCGGCGAGGAUGGCGACGCGGAUGGCGUGGGCGACGCGGCACAGUUCAGCUACCCACGUGGCAUCGCCCUCAGCCAAGACGGCGGCGCGCUGUUUGUGGCGGACUUAGGCAACCACAAGAUCCGGCGGGUUGAGGUGGCGACUGGCGCGGUGACCACGCUCGCGGGCAGCGGCGAGGAUGGCGACGCGAAUGGCGUGGGUGACGCGGCGGAGUUCGACUACCCACGUGGCAUCGCCCUCAGCCAAGACGGCGGCGCGCUGUUCUUGUGA